CUGGAGACCAAAGGAGGGCUCGGCUGCUCGGAGCAGGGAGGGAGCUGAUACUGCGAGGCUGCACCUCGUCUAGUCCUGACGCUGGAUUCACACAUCAGAACCUUCAGAAAGCUCACGUUUUUCCCAGCUCUUUUCACACAGAAUCACUUCCUUUGUCUAGAGGAGGGGGUGGAGGAGGAGACGGAGGGCGAGGAGGGAGGGGCCCGCCGGUGCCGCCGCCGCCCCCAUCCCUGCCCCUCCCGGUGUGCAGAGCCCGAUUGUCACAUUACUCCCGCGCCUGGGGCGACAGAGGAGCGGACAGAGGAGCGGGCGCUGGAGUUGAGUCCUAGCCACUUACCACCCCCAUCACCCCGGACCUGUCAGGGCAGCCCUGGAUUCUCUAGGCACCUCCGGGGGGAGCGAGAGAUGAAGGCGUCGAGGUGCGGGGGCACUGGUACAGGGCGGCUCAGGUGGCCAGGAACAGUGCCAGCUUUGGUGUGACCUUGGGCCGGGCUGGGAGCGCUGCGGCGGGAGCCGGAGGACGAUGAGCUGCCGCGCGGUGCCCAGAGCCCAGCCCUGCCCGGCGCGGCCCCGGAACUCUGGGCGGCACCGCGUGCUGGGAACUUUGGGCACCGCCUCUGGGACCCCCUGCCGGCCAGCGGGCAGGAUGGUGCCCUCCUCGUGCCCCGUGGUGCCUGUCUGCUGAUGUGCCCAGCCUGUGCUCGCCAUGUCGCACUCCAUCUCGGCCUUCCAGGCCGCCUAUAUUGGCAUCGAGGUGCUCAUCGCCCUGGUCUCAGUGCCUGGGAACGUGCUGGUGAUUUGGGCUGUGAAGGUGAACCAGGCGCUACGGGACGCCACCUUCUGCUUCAUCGUGUCGCUGGCAGUGGCUGACGUGGCGGUGGGGGCCCUGGUCAUUCCACUGGCCAUCCUCAUCAACAUUGGGCCACAGACCCACUUCUACACCUGCCUCAUGGUGGCCUGCCCUGUCUUGAUCCUCACCCAGAGCUCCAUCCUGGCCCUGCUGGCCAUUGCCGUGGACCGCUACCUCCGUGUCAAGAUCCCUCUCCGGUACAAGACGGUGGUAACCCCACGGAGGGCGGCAGUGGCCAUCGCUGGCUGCUGGAUUCUCUCCCUUGUGGUGGGCCUGACACCUAUGUUUGGCUGGAACAAUCUGAGUAAGGUCGAGAUGGCAUGGGCAGCCAACGGCAGCGUUGGGGAACCUAUGAUCAAGUGCGAGUUCGAGAAGGUCAUCAGCAUGGAGUACAUGGUCUACUUCAACUUCUUCGUCUGGGUGCUGCCACCACUGCUCCUCAUGGUCCUCAUCUACCUGGAGGUCUUCUACUUGAUUCGAAAGCAGCUCAGCAAAAAGGUGUCAGCCUCCUCUGGUGACCCGCAGAAGUACUACGGGAAGGAGUUGAAGAUCGCCAAGUCGCUGGCCCUCAUCCUCUUCCUCUUUGCCCUUAGCUGGCUGCCCCUGCACAUACUGAACUGUAUCACCCUCUUCUGUCCCACCUGCCACAAGCCCACCAUCCUCACCUACAUUGCCAUCUUCCUCACGCACGGCAACUCAGCCAUGAACCCCAUCGUCUAUGCCUUCCGCAUCCAGAAGUUCCGGGUGACCUUCCUUAAGAUCUGGAGUGACCACUUCCGCUGCCAGCCAGAGCCCCCCAUUGAUGAGGACCUCCCUGAAGAGAAGGUGGAUGACUAGGCUGCAUCUGCUCCCUCUAGCCCAUGUCUAGCAGGCUUCAGACCAGACCUCACCUCCCCACUGUCCCUCUGGUCUUGCUGGGCCUUCCACAACUGGGCUGUGGCUAUGACACGGGGAGGCUCUGAGGAGAUGCCCAUGGAGCAGGGGCCUGUCCACAAGAAGUUAAUGGCCCUGAGUCUUGAGGAUCAGGAGCAGGCUUGGGAUGGUAGUCCCAGGGGAAAAGAACCAGAUAGUAUGAGGCAAGAGGAAAGUGUUCUGAGCCCCUGUAUCUGCCCUACCAUCCCAUGUGUGGUCCAGUGAUCCAGGGCUGGGCCUGUGCUAGGCAGGACAGCAGAGGAAGCUUUGGGGCUGGGCAAGGAUGUUCAGGCCCUUGAAGCCACGUAAGGGAAUCUACUGGUGUUGGGAGUUGGUGGUGCAGCCCUGCCUGGGACCCAGCUUCAGGACAGGAGGGGAUCCCUCCCAAAAUGGAGGGAUGGGAGAAAUGAUGACUUCAUCUGGUCUUACUUUCUUUACUGCUCUCUAGAAGGAGGCCAGGAGCAGCUAAAGGGCAGGAAUCAAGGAGCAUCAGUUGCCAACUUCAAAGAUUCUGCAUUUUGAUGAUGACAGGGUCAGGGUGCCUGCUCUCCUAACCCUGGGAAGCCUGGGAUUAUACUUGAGAGAGGCAGAAGGAGCGGUCUGGAAAUCAUUUCUCACAUUUGCUUUAUUCUCCACCAGCCCCUGGAUUCCCAGUGGGGCCUCCAAACCCUGGGGAGUGUGGUUUUGUAGCCACUGGCCUCAAGCAUCCACCAGGAGGCAGCACCGAACUCUCCUUGCCCUGAGCGUCCAAGGAUCCUGGAGGGUAACUUCCUGUCUUCCAGGCCACCAUGUCCCACCAGCUCUCAGUGACAGGCCUAGACUGUCUGAAGAGACACCAUCACUGCUGCCUCUGGGGCCGAUGGAGAAGAAAGAUUCAGUUCUUGGGAGCAUGCAGCCCUCUUUGGGGAUGGGGCAAAGGAAAGAAACAUCUGGAGGCUGACUCCUGGGCUGGGGUGUGGUGGGCUGGAACAGAGCAGAAGGGACCACCCUCCUGAGCGUGUGGGCAGGGCUCUUACUGGCAUUUAAAAUCCUAAAGAGCCCUGGCAUGUGGCUUACUUUGGGGGGAUUUCGGAAACUGUGGUACAGAUAGAGCCCAGGCCUGAGGUUCUGAGAUAGAUGAACUCACCCCAUGCCAAGAGCCCUGAGCCCCAUUGUGGGGGGAGGGGUGGGGAAGAGAUGGUUGUCCAGUUCGUGGGUUCUGAGUGUGACUGACUCCAGGCUUCUGCCUCUGUUGGAGAUGGGGUGUCCCUGGCUCCCAGUGGAGGCCCGUGUGACUAAUAAAAGACCGUGAACCUUCA